GGUUCCCGCACACCAUGGCUAACCCCUUCGUUUCCUCGUGCAAGGCGUUGAGUAAGAUUGCAUGCAUUCCGUUUCUAGGGAAUACGGCGAUGGGAUUCAAUCAUAAAGUUACUUAUAGUCGUCUUCCUUUUCUCACUCGCUACGCUUCCGCGUUCAAGGCUUAUAGCACUUUGUAUCAACGGCCUAAAGAGCUGGUGGAAUUGGACAAUCAGCUGGUGGAGUUGGGUGUGAUACAAAAAGAACUCCACGAGCGUCAAAAGGAGUUAUUCAACAUGUUGUGCAAUCAAAAGGGAAUAACCUAUCACGAAGAAGAAAAGGAGAAAAAGUUUGAGGUAUUUAAACAAAAUUUACUUAUGGAAAUGGCUAAUGAUGGUGAUGGACAAAAUUUACUCAGCGGUCACUUCAUGGAGGAGGGGAAGGAGUUACUAAUGGAAACGACUAAUAAUGGUGGUGGUGGACAAAUGACCGAAUGCCACUCCAUGGAGGAGUGGAAGGAGCAAUACCAUAAUGGAGUAGUUUCCAAGAAACUGGUAGUGGUAAAUUUUAUGAAGCCGUGGUGCGGAGCAUGUUGUUCCAUUGCUCCGAAAUUAAUCAAGAUUGCAAAGAAGACAACCAAUGUUACAAUACUGACUAUCUAUACCCAUGAGCUUAAGACUGUCUGUGAGGAAUUCCAAGUUGAGGCUACACCCACCUUUGUGUUCCUUAAAGAAGGAAAGGAAGUGCAUAGGAUUGUUCGCCCUAUGAUCAAAGAUUUGCAGAGGGAAAUCGACAAACAUGGUGCCGUUACUGCAUAAGGUUUUCUCUUAUGGAUAUAUGUUCUGUUUUGCAUAGAUGGUUCUCGAUAAUCUAACGGAGUAUUCUAUUUAAGUAUUUGCGCUUUAAAUCCGUCUCUUUUGUAAGUUCUUGCUGUAAAUUAUGGACUUCCUUUUGUGCCCACUAAAUCAUUCAUUUCCAAACUCCAAGUCCAGCGAAAAGAUUUGUGUUUACUUUUCAUUCCAUAUAAACCAGAUCAUGUUCCUUAGACUUGAAAGUUGAGGUUCUAAUUUCUAAGUUUAAAAGUUUGUAAUUUGAUUUAGUUUGUUGAAUUUUUUUGAGACAAAUGGGGCUUUAUAAUGGAAGCUACUCAGUUGUAAAGAGGUAAUUAUCACGAUCAUUUGAGUGAUUGCCGGUUUUCAGCUGGAAUUGUUUACUUAUUUUCUUGGGGUUGUUGUUAAUAUAGACUUUUAUCUACUAGUCAAUACUUGUUGGAAUGUGCUUGCAAGCAAGUUGGAAUUCUUGAUUUGAUGGUGUUGAUGAUUACGGUAUUGAUAUU